UUUUUAAAGUUUUUGUCCUGUCUACCCAAGUCGAGCCACAAACUAUGCUCUGGGCCAGAGAGCUUCCUUUGCUUCUCUGCGUGGGGCUUGUGAACGGGUUUUAUCCCAACCGUGAAUCGGAGGGCAUUGCAUCAACUGAUUUCACCGAUGCCGACAUCCCAGGAAAGAAGAUGAGGCAGGCUGUCAUGGAGAAAAACCUUUUGCCUGGAAAACAUCUCAAGAAAGGUGGAGCGCUUAAAGAGGAGAAUGCAACAGAACCAUUUCAAACCUGUUUUGAAGGCAAAUGUGGACAUGGCGGGAAAAAUGUUGCCACCAAAGACCCGUCCUCUCCUGGGAGCAGCCAUAAAGAGGCAACUGACCCCCUGCUCUCCUCUCAUUCCUAUUUGCACAAGGAAGCUGCAGAAAUGGCCACUGAAGCCACAAAGAAAUUUUUUGUACGAGAUGAAGCUGUUAAGAGGAAUGCUAGAGCUGCUCGGAGAGCUUAUGAUAAUGUCUAUGAAGAAUUAGCAUCCUUUUCUGGUGGCUACUACCUGAACACGAAGAAAAGCCAACUUUCUAAGGCCCUUGGAGUACUGGAGCUGUCCAUGAAUGCCGCUCCUGUUAAAAUAGCCCAUAAUCGUGUGGAUGGAUCUCAGUUCUCCUUCCCCGUGGAUGAAACUCUCACCGAAAUAUCAGUCUCAGUCAAGACUUUAAGGCAUGAGAGAUUCAACUUUAAUAUCUGGCAACCUUCAGGUGACCCAUUCAGAAAACCUCAUAUGAUGAUUGACACAAGGAAUCAAAAGGUCGUGAAGGUAUCUCCUCUCCCUCAGGCAGGCCGGUGGACUGUAUCUAUGACUCCAAGGGGCUCUUAUGAGGUGGAGAUUAGAGGCAAGAGUUUGCUUGACUUUACUUACCGGAUAAUGCAGAAGCAGAACGACUACAUGCUUCCAAUUCAAGGACAGCCUAUGAAAGGAUCAAACUAUACCAUCUCCAUAAAGAUGCUGGGAGCAGCCAGAGGUACCCAGAUGCAGCGUCUGGUCAUUUCUGAUGGACUAGGAGGUCCUAUUCACUCCAUCGUUUUAAACCAAACAUCUGAUGCCCUUGGCAAUAUCUUGGCCUUUGCUCCGAUUCAUCUGGAUUCAUUGUCUCCGAUGCUAAAAGUAGAAGGCCUGUCUCCCGGCAACCUGCCCUUCUCACGUCUGAACAUCAAUCCUAUCCAUGUGGCGUCAAUAAGGAUUCUACCCUUGGCAGACCAAGAAAGUACGUUGUUGCCUGGUGGGAACCUAGAGUUCUCUGUACAGGUGGUGAAUGAUGGAUCAGCUGCAACGUUCACCUUUAAUGUCCGAGAUGACCUGGGCUUCAUACAGAGCUUUAGACCUGUACAAGGUUUCCUGAGGACAGGAGAGAGCACCGUUCUCACGGCAACAUUUGUGGCCCCUGCCAAGAGCUCCAACUUUGCCUCAAGUCUUGCAACAUUUACAGCGAAAACCAGUUCAUCGCAAAACUACAUGACUCUGCUCAUCUCUGUCAUUCCCAAAACAGCCUUGGAAACUGAAGAAAACCCACCAGUCUAUCACCUUCUCCAAUUCUAUAUGCCUUGUGGAGCUGACAGCCAGCAAAGACCCGACUGCUCUCAACACACCUGGAACAUGACAUUUUCUGCUGAGGGUGCUGAGGCUGCUGUUAAUGUCCAGAUCAGCCCAGAUCCCAGCGCUUUAUCUUGUCACUCAGAAAAGGAGGGUAGCAAUAAGAAGCUUAUCUGUGAUUUCAAGUCCAGCUGCUGUUCUCCUUUAGCAGAAGUCCUGAUCAGUGAUGAGAAUGGCAACGUGAACAAUUUCACCGUAGAUCACAACACACAGCCUCCCACACCAGCCUUCAUCAGCAACUAGAUGUCCAGAAGGCUGAAUCCGUCGUGAGCACCAUCGGUAUUCUGAGAUCCUCCGAUUUUCUUCAGCACUAUCAUCCAGCACUACAUCAAUAAUCGCUUCACCUUGUCUAUCCAUCUGGUUUUCUUGGUAGAUAACUGGAGCGGUUGAUCAUUCCUCCUCCCGUGCCGUAUGAGAUUAUACUUUUGUCGUUGUCGCUCAGAUGAUCAUCUGCCUCCGGCAUCUUCUUAAAUCGGUGCUCCUGACCUGGAGGUGCCUGCUUACUUUAACUGGACAGCUGGAAUGACCUUCACACCUUAAGUGACCUUGAAGGGAAUAUAUAUACUCUUGUCAUCUACCCCCAAGGUUCUUUGCUCAUCCCUCCCUUCUGCACUCUGCCAGAAUGGAGCAAGAUUUGAGGAUGUCAGGAAAUGGCAUGUCUUCUCAAGCAGAAAUGUCUCUGUCCCUUUCUUUCUGUGUCCCCUGGCAGACCUGCCAAAUCAUGAGUAGAUCCUGAAAUAUGGUUGGUUGGUUUUGUUUUUAGGUUCUUGAUACUAUUAAUUCUAAGAAGAUAGUACCAAGGACCUAAAUGGGAAUACAUACUCUGACCACGUAAGCUACUUCUAUCCCCCACAGAGCCCUGAUAAAACAAAUGUCAGCAUAGGCAUGUUGGUACUGACAGAUCUGAUAGUAGUAUAAAUCGAUCUGCACCAGAGGUGGGUUUCAGCAGGUUCUGACCAGUUCUGGAGAACCGGUAGCGGAAAUUUUGAGUAGUUCAGAGAACCGGUAGUAAAAAAUUCUGACUGGCUCCACCCCCAUCUAUUCUCUGCCUCCCAAGUCCCAUCUGAUCGGGAGGAAAUGGAGAUUUUACAGUAUCCUUCCCCUGGAGUGGGGUGGGAAUGGAGAUUUUACAGUAUCCUUCCCCUGCCAUGCCCACCAAGCCAUGCCCACCAAGCCACGCCCACAGAACCGAUAUUUAAAAAAUUUGAAACCCAUCAUUGAUCUGCACCGAUCGAUUGGCUAGAAAGAUCAGAGUUUUGAUACCAAGCAUCAAGAUGCCUUGCGUGCGAAUGUUUAAUGGGUGGAACUCAAGCAAUUGUGGAGGAACCUAGGCUGUUUCAGAAGGGACAGUCCAACCUGUUCCUCCAAAAUCUGACACCAACUUUUUUUUUAGGUUCUAAAAGUGUGCAGAAAUAUUAUUAAAUACGUGGGUAAUAUUUAA